AUGCCAGAGGUUCUCUGCCAUCAUUUAUUUGGAGCUGUUAAGAUCAUUAUCAUCGUCAUGGCACACUUAUCUCAGGAACACGUUCAACAUCUAUACCGCACCUUUGGUGAACUGAAGGUUCUAGAUGAUAUCAUCCGUCAUCGAGCGGCCGAUGAAUCCCAAGUGCCCAUACUCGGUUACCCCAAAUUUGAGCACAGUGUCGAUGAUUAUGAGAGAUUCACCGGCAAGCAGCUGGAUCUGUUUGUUGAUGCUGCAGCGAAAGAGUUCAUCCUAGCCGGGAUUAAGCCGAAUCAGCAGAGACCGGUGGCACUCCUAGCGCCGUCAAACGUUGACUUUGUAGUCAGUUUUUUCGCGCUCAGCAGAAUAGGAUGCACUGUACUCUGCUUGUCUCUCCGAAUCCCCCCGAUUGCAAUCAUUAACCUUCUUCGGAAAACCGAGUGCGAUACAAUGGUGCAUGGGAGGUCGAAGCAAAUCGAAUCUAAAGUGCAUAAAGUCCAUGAAAAUUUCCCCCUUAAAGCACUUGAGAUACCCAUUCGCUGUAGCUAUGACAGAUUACGCUGUCAUGAACCCCCGUUCGUUCGUGAGUACGACAGGGAGAAGGAGUGUGAGAGAGUUGCGUUGAUAAUGCAUUCUUCAGGAUCGACUGGGCUGCCAAAGCCGGUCUUCCUAACUCAUAAAGCAGUUCUGCAGCACCCUCCUCAGGGCUCUGGCUUGCAUAACUUCAACGCCCUGCCAUGGUACCAUAUGUAUGGUUUAUCGACGGCUUUUCAAGCCAUGUGGAUGCGCAAGACAGCACACCUCUACAACGCCUCACUGCCUUUGACAGGAGACAAUCUAGUUACAGUGAUCGAAGCCACGAAGCCGGAAGCAGUGCACACGGUACCCUACGUACUGGGGCUCCUGGCUGAAAAAAGCCGCGGUGUUGAGGCGCUGAAAGCUUGCAAAGUCGUGACUUCUGCGGGAGCGAAGACCCCGGACGAGUUGGGAGAUCGUUUAGUAAAGGAAGGGAUCAAUUUAGGCGUCGUCUUUGGAACCACCGAGGCCGGUUUGUGUGGUGACACCAUGCGUAGGGAGGAAGGAGACGACACAUGGAACUAUAUCCGAAUAUACGCCAAUAUCCGGAAACAUCUCCACAUGCACUCACUUGGAGACAAUUUAUAUGAAUUCGUUUACCUGGAAGGGCACCCGGGAUUAUCCACUUCCAAUUCGGAUGUUCCAGCACCAGGUUCAUGGCACUCCAGAGACGUCUUCACUCCGCAUGCAACAAUCCCUGACGUCUGGAAAUUUGUCACCCGUAUCGAUGAUCGUGUUACUCUUGCAAAUGGGGAGAAGGUACUCCCGUUGCCGAUUGAGGGUCGCAUACGAGAAGACGAACUGGUGAGGGAAGCAACUGUGGUCGGCGUCGAUCAAGCGAUACCGGGGCUUCUCGUUUUCCGUUCAAAGGAAGCCGAUCAUAUGUCUGACGAAACCUAUCUAGAAGCCAUUUGGCCCUCGGUUGCGGAUGCAAAUUCACGCUCAGAGGAAUUCUCCCAGGUCACCAAGGAUAUGAUAACCCUAAUACCAUCAAAUGUCAAUUACCCGCAGACAGAUAAGGGAAGUGUCAUCCGCGCCCAGGUGUAUGACAAGUUUGCAGAUAUUAUCGAAGCAAUGUACACGAGGCUCGAGGGAGGCCAGGAGGGAAGCCUCAAGCUGGACCUUCCGUCAAUCGAGCAAUUCCUGAUGCAGACGUGUAGGGAUACGAUUGGGGUUGCACUCGAGACACCAGAAACUGACUUUUUCAGCGUUGGGGUAGACAGCUUAAAAGCCAUUCAAAUGAGGCGCAUUAUUCAAAAGACAAUCGAACUAAAUGGAACACGAUUGAAUCCCAACAUCGUGUACGAAAAGGGAAACGUGAGGGAGCUGGCUCGCUAUCUCCAUGCUUUGGGGCACGGGGGAAACGUCCCCGAGGUAGAUGGGCUGCAAUUGAUGCAGCAAUUGAUUGAUAGAUAUUCGGGCUUCCAGAAGCAGAAUUCUCUACAUCAUGUUACCAACGGCAACAUAUCCAAGACCAUGGGUCAAGCAGUGGUCCUCACAGGAGCAACUGGUUCGAUUGGAGCUCACGUCCUUGCACGGUUUGUUGCCGAUGACAGGAUCGAGAAGAUCUACUGCCUUGCAAGGGGGGCCAAUCCCAUGCAAAGAAUACUUAGCUCUUUAAAGAAUCGAAGUAUAGAUAUUUCAAUUGCGAACCAACGCAAGGUCAGUGCCUUCACAGCAGAUCUUAACAAACCAGGUUUUGGGCUGGACGCAUCAACCUUGGCCCAAAUGAAGAAGGAUGUUUCGUUAAUAAUCCAUAUUGCAUGGCCCGUUAACUUCAACAUUCAUCUGCGGAGCUUCGAGCCGCACAUUGCAGGGCUUUACAAUCUGCUCCAGUUUUCCCUGUCGGUGGAAGGGUCACGACCUGCCCAGUUAUUUUUCUGCUCUUCCAUUUCAACCGCAUUCAAUACGCCCGCUCCAGCUUCCAUUCGGGAUGGACCGAUUGAGGAGCUUGGGCAUGCAGCUAGCAUGGGAUAUAGCCAAUCCAAACUUGUUGGCGAGCACAUUGUCCAGAACGCAUAUGAUGCAGGCGCCUUAAGCUACGUUUUGCGCAUCGGACAGGUGGUUGGUGAUACCGAUAAUGGGCUGUGGAAUGAUAAAGAAUUUAUACCAAUGAUUAUCAAGUCAGCUUUCACAUUAGAGGCCUUGCCCGAUUUGCAGGAGCGCUGUUCCUGGAUUCCAGUUGACAUUCUCGCAACCAUUAUCUUCGAACUCUCUUGGAAGCUUGCUGAGCAAUCUCCGGUCUAUGGGAGCCCUCGCGAAAGCUCUUCUUCCAUCUAUUAUAACAUAGUUAACCCGCAUACAUUUCACUGGCACCAGCUACUCCAAGAACUGCUGGAUAGUUCGUUUCUGUUUAACGCCAUCCCCACCAACGACUGGCUUGUGAAACUGCGAGAGAGCGCAGAGCAGGAGGAUGAGGCAGUCAAUCCGGCGGUAACUCUGAUUGAAUACUUCGAGAGAGAGCACAGCGUUGACAAAGGAUUGAAAGGUGGGGGAUUAGACAUUGAGACACAUGCGGUGCAAAGAGACACAACAGUCCUAAAGAAUCCUCCAAGGAUAAUUGAAGAUGGCCUUGUGGCGAAGUUCCUGGCUCGAUGGUUGCAACGAUGGUUGCCGGAAAGGAAGUCAAAGGGGUUGCCUACUAGACAAGCGGAGUACCGAGACAAAAAGGCCCAAUGUCUGGAGGAGUUCGGAACAUUUCCAAGGAGCCUAGGUCAGAUAGAUGCCUAG